AUGUGUUGUUGCCAUUGCUCGUGUCUCUAUCGAAACUUACCAUUUCUUCAUGGUUUAACUGGUUUCCUCGAAAUGAUUCUUGGUAUAAUCCGCCUCGCCAUUUUCUUUUCAUCCAACCCGCGAAAACAGUACACAGCCAAGUACAAUGCUGCGUUCAUUGUCGAUUGGAUUAGUUCUAUUGUUCCAACAUUAGUUGGUUUAUUUACUGCUCUAAUCAUUCUUCUGAUUCUAUUCAAACUUCUUGCCGCGUGCUGCAGAGCUGCUACCGAUAGCAAUAGUGGAAGUAGUAGUAAAGGUUUAGUACGUAAACUACUUCAGAGCAAAAGUAUUCGCCGUUUUCUUGUCAUGGAUUGUAAUUGCCCGNUACGUUUCGAAAUCGGUGGAAGUGAUGUGGAUUCUGCUUGGCAAGCGGCACAAAGACUUUUAGAACCUACAAAAUUUACCUUCGAAAACAUUUCAAUUCAAUUUGCAUUACCUUCUGUGCAAUUUUCAUGUAGCAAUCAAUUGGGAUGGUCAAUUAGCCGUGCAAAUAAUCGUCUUAAUAUCGACUAUGUUCUAUAUACAUCCACUGUAGAACAAACUAUCAAACUUGAUGCAUUAGCUGAAGCAGUAGGUAUAGUUGCAGUGAAACUCUCUUCUACUAAGAAUGACAUAUUGGUUCAACCGAUUACUAUUUCGCAAAACUCAAUGCUUUAUGCUAAAUGGGAUGAUUUGUGUCUGACGAUUCCGUUCAAACCAAUGAAUGUAUCAACGCUACGGAAACUUCCGAAAUUUUCUUGUUGA